UUCAUUUUCUCACCAAUACCUUGAUUAUUACGUCAUGAGUAGAAAUGGUCACGUGAUUCAACUGACUUUCCUGAUAGGCGUGAGGAAUGGAUUACAAAUUCGAAGGAAGCAUAUUCUCUGAGUAAUGAAUCAAUUGUGGAAAUAGAAGAUGAAAUGUAUUAUCGUGCUGGUGCUGAGUGUUUUGGGAAUGAACAUUUUACGUGUAAAUGGGAAGUUCUUCAACUAUUUAAGUGCCGAAAGGUUUGGACAAGAACACCUUUGCAAGACUCAUGAGCAGAGACAGAUGUUCCAGAGGGCAAUACUAGGCAAGACUUGCUCAUCAUCUGGGAAGCAGAGCAACACAGGCUUUACAAAUGAUGAAUUCAUGUUGUUCAUGGUCGACACCCUUUGCAGGGAUAAAGGCACCUGGCUUGCUGAUUGGGUGCGCCAACACGUAGAUACUGAUGAUGAUGAACGUAUAUCCCGUUUCGAGGAGGACAUGUACUACUAUACGUACGAACGAUCGCUGAACUAGAAACAUUACAUUGUCCGUAUUCAUUUUGGAACAUAUCGGAUCUGUUUUGACAACGUGCUUGAUUGCUGGUCAAUCCUUUCUAUACUCUUGUACAUUAAGAGCAAACCGUCAUAUUGUAUACGAAAAUUGGACUUUUCGACGAACACUGAACAUCUAUUUGUGAUAUGCUCUGAUAUGUCUGCGACAUAUCUAUACUUAUUUUAUGGAAUUGUUAUGUAUUGUUUCAUUCUUUACUAGAUAUACCUCUACGAUGUAAGUUGCUUUCCAAUGCCAUUUUAUAGCAAAUAUGUAUUCCUAUACAUACAUUAUUUAUGGAAGGAAUACAAGCUUAAGGUGCCUACGUGACAUUAACUAUAGAAUUACAAGCAACACGAUUCUUUUUCUAUACUCGAUAUCGAAUGUGUAUGAAGAAAGUUCAGAGGGUGGGAUACACAGUAAACGUUUUAAAUUUCACUUUGUGAAGCGUCUGUGAUACGAAUUGAUAUUUAUUUAGUUAUCUUUAAUAAACGAAGGACAACUCCUCUUCACUAUUUAAUCAUAUCAUAUUAGAUUUAUUCUUCCUGGCAUUUGUGUUAAGCUUCAACACAAUCAAUAUUAAAAUCAGCCAAUGUUAAGAUAAGGAUCAUAAUAAUUUAAGUAUUCAUUUGUAUGUGUCAUCUGGAACUAUGUACCCAGAUAUCAUCAGUUAACAUGACGUAUUCUAUAUUUUCAUGUAAAGCAUUCAAAACAUGUUAAAAAUAUAUUAUGUGAAGAGAAGUCGUGAAAUUACCUUCCUAUGUUUUAGUUAGUGUCAAUAUAUAUAUAUAUAAAACUAUGUCAGAAGUGUUACACAGAACUUGUCGGAAAAGCGACAACUGAUCGUUUAUAAACACUGAGUUUGUAAAAAUAAACACGAUCUAAUUAAAGCGGAUAUAAAUGAUA